AUCCCACAUGGGGGCACAUGCUUUUACUUUAGAUUUAGAUACCCUUCCGGCUUCCCUCCCUUGAGAUGAUGGUUUCACAUCCAUCUCUCUCUCACACACAAGUUAUUCUCAAACAGAUCAUCAAAACCCGAACAAUAAAACUUACCUCCAAUUUGUAAUAACCAACCCCUACUAUAUAAACUGACGCACAACAAAGAGUGUUGGGUGAGAACCGAUGCAUACGACGCCGAGAAUGCACGCCAAGACAGACUCAGAGCCAGAGGUAACCAGCCUCGCCACAUCAUCGCCAACGAGGUCACCGCGGCGUCCAGUUUACUAUGUGCAGAGCCCUUCCCGUGAUUCACACGAUGGAGAAAAGACCACGACCUCGUUCCAUUCAACGCCGGUGCUCAGCCCCAUGGGUUCACCACCGCACUCCCAUGCCUCCGUGGAUCGCCACUCGCGUGAGUCGUUGUCGAGUCGGUUUUCAGGGUCGCUUAAACCCGGAUCCCGCAAGGUCUUGCCAAACGACGGGUCGUCUAGGGGGGGAGCACAUAGGAAGGGACAUAAGCAGUGGAAAGAAUGUGAUAUGAUUGAAGAAGAAGGGCUCAUUGAUGAUGGAGAGUGUGAGAAGGGACUUCCUCGGUGUUGCUACUUUUUAGCUUUUGUUCUUGGCUUCUUCAUUUUGUUCUCAAUGUUUUCUCUGAUUCUCUGGGGAGCUAGCAGACCCCAAAAGCCCAAGAUUACCAUGAAGAGUAUAAAAUUUGAGCAAUUCAAGAUCCAAGCUGGUUCGGAUUCCACAGGGGUGGCAACAGAUAUGAUCACCAUGAACUCCACAGUGAAAAUGAUUUAUAGAAACACUGGAACGUUUUUCGGCGUCCAUGUCACCUCAACUCCUCUUGAUCUCUCAUAUUCUCAAAUCAACAUCGCUUCAGGAGCCAUGAAGAGAUUUUAUCAAUCUAGGAAGAGCCAAAGGUCUGUCACUGUAACUGUAAUGGGAAACAAGGUUCCUUUAUACGGAAGUGGAGCAAGUUUGAGCAGUUCAACAGGAACCACAUCUCAUCCAGUUUCACUUAAACUGAGCUUCGUUGUCCGAUCAAGAGCUUAUGCGCUGGGCAAACUGGUGAAGCCCAAGUUCUACAAGAAAAUUGAAUGCGACAUAACUUACGAUCCCAAGAAACCCAACGUCCCCAUUUCACUAAAGAAAUCUUGCCUAUACGACUGAUAAAAGAUCGAAUCACAUGGAAAACACGCUGAAGACACUUUAUUUAUUUAUUUUGUUAAUCUGUUCUGUUGUCGAAAAAGAUUGAAGUGAAGGAGAAAAACAGCUAAGCGGACAGGGAUUGAGGAACGCGGUUGUAAGUUUGUUGGGGAUGCCCAUGUGCCCACUGAGUCAGAAACAGCACAUACGUUGAAUUCGGUGAUUACUUGUGAGUGACAAAUUUUUUCUAUUUUUUAAUGUAAAAUUAUUUAUUAUUAUUAUUGCUGAUAGAAAGUGGUUAGGCGCA